AUGGAGGUGUUAGACCCGAGAAAGCUGAACUUGGUCAUGUGGGAGCCAAUGGGCUGUGGGGACAGGUGUGAGGAAAUAAAGGCAACUGUACAGAAACACACACAGGAACUGAGAUACAGCAAGGACGAGUUGAACAGGAUGAACCAGGCCAUCCAGGAGCUGACACCCUGUGAGUUAGAGCAAGCCAAGGACCACCCACUCAGUGAGCAGAAGGCGGCAGCUGCAGGCAGUGCCACUCUUAAGGUGGCUUGGCUAGAGGCUGCCCUACAGAGGGCCAAGAAGCUCACGGUGCAACAGCUGCGAGAGUACCAGGAGCUCAUGUUCAUCAAGCUGAGCCUGGACCUAAAGAUCGCCGCAUACCAGAAGCUGCUGAAGGGCAAGGAGAGCUGUCCAUUGGCGAGUGGGUUCCUGUGUCGGUUAGAAGGAGAGGAGUGCCCCCGGUGGCAGAUACGAGUACUGCGGCUCCUGACGAGGAGUCGAAGACUGCAGGAGCUGCAGAAUCAGCAGCGGUGGAACCUUUCCUGGCUCUCCUCAGCAAGGCAAGGAGGCCUAGUUUCUGACCUGAAGACUCCGUGA